GCACUUUUUUUGCGGUCGAGACAUAGUUUAGAAAAGCGUUAGACCGUUCAGGGUGGAGGAUGUAACUUGUUAGUGAGUACAAAUAUAAUUCUGUCUUAAUUCGCACAGACAGUGCACACCCUAGAUGACUUUGUGUAGCUGUGACGAUCCAGUGCUCAUCGUCGUGUUACUGCCGAGUAAGUUGCCUCACCAUUCCACCAUGAUUUCCAAUGUCACACAACUGGAUAACGCAACUUUGGAAAUGUUCACCAACAGAACUCUCAGCAACACUCUUUCUGUCAUCUAUAUUCUGGUUAUACUGAUAAGCUUUCCUGGCAAUAUCCUGUCAAUGGUUUUACUGGUGUUUUAUACCAAACCCAAAACUCCAACCAUCAUCUUUAUGAUCAACCUGAGCAUCACUGAUUUGGCACUUGGCUCAUUCCUACCAUUCCAAGUUAUCUAUCAUAUAAAAGGCUAUGACUGGAAUUAUGGGGAGACACUGUGCAGUGUAGUAUCAGUAAUGUUUUACUCCAAUAUGUACUGCUCCAUUUUGACCAUGAUGGCUAUCAGUGCUGAGCGCUAUUUUGGCAUUGUACAUCCGAUGAAAUAUGACUGCAGAAGAAAGCACUAUGCAAUAGGGGCAUGCCUUGCGAUGUGGGCCUUAGUCUUGGGAGUUCUGUAUCCUAUGGAAAGCACUGAUUUGACAUACAGGGUUAAAGAACUUAAUAUUACCACCUGCUUUGAUGUACUCAAAAAAGAUAUGUUACCAACAAUGCAACACUGGGCAGCUUUCCUGUUUGUGUUAGUUUUUAUCCUCUUUCUGAUUCCUUUCAUUAUAACAGUAUCCUGCUACAUAGCAAUUAUAGUCUGUCUGCUUAAAGAAAGGGACACACGCUCUAUACAUAAAAGAAGAGCCAUUUCGCUAGCAAUAUUGGUGGUUUUAGUUUUUGUUACCUGUUUUGCUCCUAAUAAUAUCAUUUUUUUUCUUCAUAUUAUUAACAAAAUUUACUAUGAGAAGUCCUACUAUGCAGCUUACAAAUUAUCACUCUCGUUCAGCUGUGUGAACAGUUGCCUCGAUCCCUUUAUUUACUAUUUUGCAUCAAAGGAUUUCAGAAGGAAGUUCAGAAAAUUAUUUGGACUUCCAGUUUCAAAUAGUGACCUCAUCACAACACAACACUUUCGAGAAAGCCUGUUCUCAGCGAGAUCUCUUUCCCAAGCAGAAGCAGAUGAGGAACAGAAUGGAUUAUCUCCAACAUUAAAAAAAAAAGAAUCCACCAUUUAGGAGCUCGACGUCUUCAGUUGGGGAGCAGAGCAGUGCGAACUGUACUUUUAAAAAAAUGUGAAAGGACUGGAAAGUGCCAUCUAGUUGGAUGGAGCAUUUGUGGAGAACAAUGUGAGACUUUGUGUACCCAUAUGUGCAAAAUGAAAAUUCUUGUUUUUGCAUUACUUCAAGUACUCUUUUGCUUUUAUCAUUCUGACUUCAGUUACUUUGUUAAAAACAGGAACUAAGUGGCACUUCAUUUGAUCUGUUUUAGAAGGAAGAAAAAGUUCCUGUUGGCAAGCUGUCCUAAUAAGCAGAACAAUAUAUUAGCAUGUAUGUUGUCGCCAUGGCUGAAUGUACUAAGUGGAGUGUGAAACAGAAAUUGUGAAAGUUACACAACUGUUUAAAAGCAUUUGUGUAACAACGAAUAUCUGCUUCAAAAGUUAAACAUCAAAUGUCGCUUUAAGCUCAUACAAAAUAGAAAACUAUUUUUUUGUCUUGUAAAUAAUGCAACAAAAUUUGUAUUAUAGUUAAAGUUACAAUUUUUGAAUAAAGCAGCUCUUUUGA